UCAACCAAAAAGAAGAAAACACGUUAAACUUGACGUGGACUAUAGUAGCUGGCCCACUUUGCUAAGUAAUAAUGUACUAGGAAAUAUAAUUAAUAUAGCAUUAAAACAAAAGUGAUACAUAAGUUUAUGAGACUUGAUGUGAAAUAAAAAUUUAAAAUGGCUCUACAUACCGUAACCUUAAGUAUAUUGUGUUUAAUAUUACCAAUACUGUUUAAUCAAAACGUGGAUGCGGCGGCUGUUAUCUCUAUCGAUCUCGGUUCAGAAUGGAUGAAAAUCGGUAUUGUCUCACCUGGGGUGCCGAUGGAGAUUGUUUUAAAUAAAGAGUCCAAGAGGAAAACGCCAGCUGUCGUCGCAUUUAGAGACGAUGUUAGGACAUUCGGUGAAGACGCUGUUACCGUUGGUGUACGGUUCCCGAAAAAUUCCUAUAAAUAUUUGCUGGAUCUUCUAGGAAAGCCGUAUGAUCACCCACUGGUACAGGAAUUUAGAGCAAAAUUCCCGUACUAUGAAAUAGUUGCCUCAGAGAGAGGUACGCCUGAGUUUGUUCACGAUGAGAAUACAAGAUAUAGCCCUGAAGAGCUCAUUGCACAACUACUGGCUAAAGCAAAGGACUUUGCCGAAAUCAGUCAUGGUCAACAAAUAACGGAAUGUGUCAUCACAAUACCCGGUUACUUCAAUCAAGCGGAACGUCGCGCUAUGAAAGAAGCUGCUGCACUCGCCGGGCUUAAUGUCCUACAACUCAUCAACGAUUACACCGCCAUCGCCAUUAACUAUGGCAUAUUUAGGAGAAAGGAAAUCAAUGAUACAGCGUGGCAGGCUUUAUUCUUUGAUAUGGGAGCGAUGUCAACAAAGGCCGCUCUAGUCGAGUACAAAACUGUCAAGAUAAAGGAUAAAGGCUAUGUGGACACCGUACCACAAUUACAAGUCCUCGGAGUAGGUUAUGACAGGACGCUCGGUGGUUUGGAAAUGACCCUUCGUCUUCGUGAGCAUCUCAUCAAAGCUUGGGAGUCUUCAGGCGGAGGUGACGUCAGAGCCUCGCCUCGUGCCAUGGAAAAACUGCUCCGGGAGGCUGAGAGACUCAAGAUAGUAUUAUCAGCCAACAACGAACAUUACGCACAGAUAGAAAGCCUCCUAGAUGAUAAGGACUUCAAGCACUUGGUGACGCGAGCUGAAUUCGAAGCCCUAUGCUCUGAUCUAUGGCCACGUGUGUCGGGAGUGAUCCAACGUGCGGUGUCGGGGUGGUCGGUCGGCCGGCUGGUGGUGGCGGGUGGUGCAUCACGUGUCCCCGCUGUACAGAGCGCUCUACGGGAAGUCGGUCUCGAACCUUCGAGAUCUAUUAACGCUGAUGAAGCAGCGACCAUGGGAGCCGUCUACAGAGCGGCGUCUUUAGCAACUGGCUACAAAGUGGCAAGUCUGAAUGUCAGGGACGCAGUGGUGUUGCCAAUUCAAGUGGUCUUCAGCAGACAUAUCGACGGCAAUGACAAACUGAUAAAGAGGACUCUGUUCGGGCCCAUGAACUCCUAUCCCCAGAAGAAGGUUAUUACAUUCAACAAGCACACCGAAGACUUUUCCUUUAACGUCAACUACGCUGAAUUAGAUCACAUACCAUCAAAUGAGUUGAAGAAUAUCGGCUCUCUCAACUUGAGUCAAGUCGUCCUAACCGGCGUCGGUGAGGCGCUCUCGAAGAAUUCAGGAGAUAACGUGGAACACAAAGGCAUCAAAGCGCAUUUCAAUUUGGACGACUCUGGUAUCCUCAAUUUAGUUAACGUGGAAUUUGUCGCUGAAAAAACUGUCACAGAGGAAGAGGACAAAGAUAGCACUCUAUCCAAAAUAGGCAGCACUAUAAGUAAACUGUUCGGAUCUGACUCGGAGUUGCCAGAGAAAGCUGAAGAUAAACCGGAAGAUAAGGGACCGGAAACAGAAAAUAAGGAAAGCGCCAAAGUGAAUGAAACAUCCACAGACAAACAGAAUGCCACUGAGACAGACAGCAAGCCGAAGCCAAAAAUAGUUGUUAUGAAGGAGCCCAUUAAGUCUGAGGAACAAAUACUGAAUCAGCUACCAAUGACUCCCGAGCAAUUCAAGAAUUCAAAGACCAAGAUUACGAUAUUGGACAAUGUUGACAAGAAGCGCAUCGAGAGAGAGACGGCCUUGAAUAACUUGGAAGCUUUUGUUGUUGAUGUUCAGUUAAAGAUAGGCAUGGAUGAGUACGCUGAGUGCGGCACAGAGGAAGAAAUAGAGGAGAUCAGGAAAAUGUGCGCAGAAACAUCGGACUGGUUGUACGAUGACGGAUACGACGCCCAAACAGAAAUGUACGAAGAGAAGCUGAAUAAACUGAAGGAAAAAACAAAUCCUAUCUUCUAUAAACACUGGGAGCACAGGGAACGACCUGACGCCAUAGCCGCUAUCAGGAACUUACUGAACAGUUCGAAGGACUUCCUUAAAAUGUCCAAAAACUUCACAAAAGAAUCCAAUUCGGAGAGAGAUGUCUUUACCGAAGUAGAAAUCACGGUGCUGGAAAAGAAAAUAGAGGAAACUGAAAAUUGGCUGCAGAAGUCUAUAGAAGAGCAAAAGGCCAUGAAGAAGAACGAAGAUGUGAAGCUGUCGGUGGACAGUAUAAGGGAGAAGAUGGCGAAUCUCGACAGAGAAGUCAAAUAUCUGUUGAACAAGAUGAAAAUCUGGAAGCCGAAGAAGCCUAUCAAGAAAGAGGAAAACAAAACCGAAACGGUCGUCGAGCCAGAAGACAAAGAAGUCAAAGAAGACUCCGACGUUGAUAACGAUGAGACGGAUAAGGAGGCUGGUGACACGGAAGUGCCGCAAAUAGGUGAUGGUGAUGACGCAGUAGAACAUUCCGAAUUAUAAUAGUGAAAUGCGAUACCUUAAUUUAUUUAGUCUAAUUUAUUUUUAAUGUCCAUGAUGUGGUGUUCUCUUUUUGUACUGAAUUUAACGGCGGCACAAUUUUAUAUAGUUGCUCACCCGGCUCUUUGAAACUCGAGUGUUCCUAUUGAGUCUUAUUUUGUUAUAGUUUUUGUUACAUGUAAGUUUGUAUGUGUAUGUCACUAUCUUUAGAUUUCCUAUUCUCACUUAAGUAUACUACAACUAACCAAGUACCAUGGCAUAAAUUAGUGCAAAAAGCGAACGCGUCGUGUACUAACUUAAUCUCUGUAUAUUUUUUUUUAAUACGAUGACUUUUCAUAUACAAUCAAUUCAUCGUUCGUUGAAUUUGACUUUGACAGUUGUUGAAAUGUUAGAUUUUUUUUUAAUUUUUCUCUAUCUAUACGAAACGUUGGUUGCAAUCAUAAUUCCAAUUUCAAUUGUUAUUUGAAUUAAUUGAUGUUCUUAAAAAAAAAAAAACUUAUAGUAAUUCAUUGAAAACUGUCAUCAUCAGAUUCACGAAAUCUUAUUUAAUUGCAAUGAUUCUAGUACUCUUUAUAUUGAACAUAAUUUUCUUCGUUCUCAAAUGUUUUAAACAAUGUUCAACUGAAUCAUAGAAAAUUUUCAAGCAGAAAUAUGAAAUUUUAUACUCAUUAAUUAAUACUUUAACUUUUUUUUAAUGAUCUGUUUUUUUUUUAUCUGAUUUUAAAUCGGAUUCUUUCUAGAAACUUCGCAAAGACCCCAAGAUAAUGUACUAAAUUACUUUAUAGUAAAUUGUAUGUGAUAUAUAUCGUAAAACAUUGAUGUUAGUUGGAUUCUGGUACUUGGAUGUAAAAUUAAUGCAAUGUCUGUCAGAAGAUAGAAAAAAAAAAACAAAAAAAAAAUGUGCGUCUGUAAUAAAUUUUGUUUGUUUAUAGUAUUAACUAUCAAAUGUACCAGAAAUAGUCUGUUUAAGUGAGAAACAUUCAAUACCCAGUCGCAAAUAAUUAAAAUAAAUUAUUAAAUGACAA